AUGGUUGGUAGGAGAAUGAAGAGUCGGAGGAAAUGGAGGACUGUAGUUGGGAUUUUGAAAGAGUUGGAGGAUGUUUGUGAUACUCCGGUUGGUAGAUUAAGACAAGUGGUUGAUGCUAUGGCGGUUGAGAUGCACGCUGGUUUGGCUUCUGAAGGUGGCUCAAAGCUUAAAAUGUUGCUCACUUUCGUCGAUGAUUUGCCUAAUGGGAGGGAGAAAGGAACUUACUAUGCACUUCACCUUGGAGGCACUUAUUUUAGGAUCUUACGAGUUCAUCUAGGUGGUCAAAGAUCGUAUCUAGAUGUUCAAGAUGUUGAAAGACACCCCAUACCUUCACAUUUGAUGAAUAGCACCAGCGAGAUUCUUUUCAACUUCCUCGCUUUUUCCUUGGAAAGGUUUAUCGAAAAAGAAGGAAACGAGUCCAAUUCACAAGGUGUCAAAAGGGAGCUUGCAUUUACGUUUUCAUUCCCUGUCAAGCAUACUUCUAUUUCUUCAGGAGUUCUAAUCAAAUGGACCAAAGGUUUUGAGAUUAGUGAAAUGGUUGGGAAAGACAUAACUGAAUGUCUACAAGGAGCACUGGACAGAAGAGGCCUUGAUAUGCAUGUUGCGGCUCUUGUGAAUGAUACUGUUGGAGCCCUGUCACUUGGAUAUUAUCAUGAUCCAGAUACAGUUGUUGCGGUUGUAUUUGGAACAGGUAGUAAUGCAUGUUAUUUGGAACGAACCGAUGCCAUAAUCAAGUGUCAGGGUCUGCUUACAACGUCUGGAAGCAUGGUGAUCAAUAUGGAAUGGGGAAAUUUUUGGUCCUCACAUCUGCCUAGAACUUCAUAUGACAUUGACUUAGAUGCAGAAAGUUCAAAUGCAAAUGAUAUGGGAUUUGAGAAGAUGAUAUCGGGAAUGUAUCUGGGUGACAUUGUUCGAAGAGUAAUUCUUCGCAUGUCACAAGAGUCCGAUAUCUUUGGACUUAGCUCAUCCACUUUAUCUGAGCCUUACGUUCUAAGAACGAAUUCAGUCUCAGCCAUGCAUGAAGAUGACACACCUGAGUUACAAGAAGUGGCUCGAAUCUUGAAAGACUUAGGGGUAACAGAUGUACCAUUGAAGGUAAGAAAACUGGUGGUGAAAAUAUGCGACGUGGUGACAAGAAGAGCAGGGAGGCUAGCAGCAGCGGGAAUCGCGGGAAUCUUGAAGAAGAUAGGCCGGGAUGGGAGCGGAGGAAUCACGAGCGGGAGAAGCAGAAGCGAGUUGAUGACAAUGCAGAAAAGAACAGUUGUUGCAGUAGAAGGAGGCUUGUACAUGAACUACACCAUGUUUAGAGAAUACAUGGAAGAAGCUCUGAUUGAGAUAUUAGGAGAAGAAGUGAGUCAAUACGUCGUCGUUAAAGCCAUGGAAGAUGGUUCAAGCAUUGGCUCUGCUCUUCUCGUUGCUUCGUUGCAGUCAUGA